CUUAUUAAAAAACUAAAUUAUAUCCUACUUUCUCUUUUGCGUGAAAAGUAGGGAAUACAUUUCUAUAUUUCUUUUUUUUUGUUAUCUUGUAAGAAAUAAUUCGUAAAAACUGCACUAUAUCCUUUGAUAGUCUGAAAAGAUGUCUGCACUAAUUUCAGCACCAACUGUUACACUACAAUUUCCUAUACAUUUAGUGAUUUUUUUGUAUAAUUACGCGUUUACAUUUAACACUAAAAUUACGUUAAUAUAUUUAUUUAGUAAAUAUAAUUUGAAUUGUUAUUUAUCUGAAUAUCAAUUAUUAAACUUACAUUGAAUAUACGCAAAAAAUAUCACUAGGAAUAACCUAUCAAAUAAAGACAUUUCUAGUGAAAAAAUUUGUUAAAGGUUUUACGUGGGUCUUUUCUAAAUGCAGUUGGCAUAAAAAUUAACUAAAUAUGAUGCUUCCCUCUCUACAAAAGUGGGAGAGAGAUAGAGUAGGAGAGGAAGAAUAUCGUGGUUGAGUGUUUUGAGAGAACGUUUUAAGUUUGUACCCUAUAUCCGCGUUGCAUGUGUAGUUUUAUAUUUUUGGUAAACAAAUGAAGAAAGGUAAUUCACGACAACUUUGUCAGAAAUUAUAUAUAAUUCUAAUUUUUCUAUAUGAUAUAUCGUUUUAUAUACGAUAAUAACGAUUUAUUUCAUUUUGGAGCGGAAUGUUGUGAUGACUAAAAUUUUGACAAAAACAAUUCUAAGAAAGUGUUGCGAAGUGUUCCAAGUUCUGUUAAACCGACUAUUUGUAAACAGUUUGCUUUAUAAAGCUUGAUAAUCAUUGCAAAACGUUUUUAUUCAACAACGUGGCAAGUGUUUAUCCUAACCUAUUUCGAUAGUGAACAAAUCUGUGACUGGAUUAGGAACUAAAAAUAUUCAAUUCCAAUUACGAUAUCAUCCUUAAGAAUUGACCAGAGAGCCAUAGAGCAAAAACAAAUGAGAAAUAUAAUUUAUUUUGUUUACGUGUGCAGUUUCUAUGAUAUCAUUGAAGAUAUGUACUGUUCAUUCGAUAACGAGAUGAGUUGAUGGCGUUAGAAAUUGUUUACUUACAUCCUCAUCACGAGAUGAUUUACUGAUGGACCAGACGUAGCACGAACCGUGAUUUGGAUUAAACGAUCAAAAUGGCACCACCGGAUCCAGUGACGCAAAUGAACACGUACCGAUCGUACGUGACCAUGCUAGCCGAUCCAGUCUCGAAAGACGAAUUAAAACUGAAGGCCGCCCAAGAGUUGUCGGAGAACUUCGAGGUCAUCAUGUGCUCCUCGCAGUAUCCGGCAUUUCUUGAUCACAUGAUGAAAAUAUUUUUAAAGAUCCUCCAAGAAGGCGAGCCUCACUUCAUAUCGGAAUACAACAUUCAACAAGUUCGAAAGUUGAUCUUAGAAAUGAUACACAGAUUGCCCAGCAACGAUUACUUGCGUCCGUACGUAAAACAGAUUUUGAGCCUAAUGUCGAAGCUCUUGGAGACCGAUAACGAAGAGAACGUAUUGGUCUGCUUGAGGAUCAUCAUCGAGCUCCACAAACAGUACAAACCAACGUUCAAUCCGGAGAUACAGUAUUUUCUGCAAUUCGUGAAAUCCGUGUACAGCGAGUUACCAAAGAAUUUGCCAAAAAUAUUCGAGCCACGUCCACCGUUGAGGGUGAAAGACUUGUCGGAAAUAAACAUAGAAGCUCUCUUGAAGGAGACAUUCACGAUCACGGCCAUACAAAGCGAGAAGAAAGCAGCGGACGGUACUGUCGUCACAUACAAUCUCAUUCCUAAAGCAGUACUGUCCCUCAAAGUGCUCCAGGAACUGCCGAUCAUCGUUGUACUCAUGAACCAAUUAUACAAGCAAAACGUUCACCAGGACGUGUCAGACUUUAUUCCUCUCGUUAUAACGACGAUAACGUUGCAACCGAGCCCCCAACACAGAGCGUCGCCUGGAUUCAACAAGGAAGUCUUCGUGGACUUCAUGGGCGCGCAGAUCAAGACUCUGUCGUUCUUGGCGUACGUAAUCCGAGUCUACCAGGACGUGGUGUCGCAGCAUAGUUCCAUAUUGGUGAAAGGUAUCCUGGGCUUGUUCACCCUGUGCCCCAUGGAAGUGGCACACCUGCGCAAGGAAUUGGUGAUCGCGUCGAGGCACAUUCUGGCCACGGAUCUGCGCAAUAAAUUCAUCCCGCACAUGGAGUGUUUCUUCGACGAGGAUAUAUUCAUAGGACGAGGUUGGACGACGCACGAGUCUCUCAGGCCGUUGGCGUACUCGACGCUCGCGGACUUGGUCCACCACGUUCGGUUGCUGUUACCACUGAGCGACGUCUCCAGAGCGGUGCAUCUGUACAGCAAGAACCUGCUGGAUCAAAGCCUCCCGACAGCCGUUCAAAUGGUCUCCUGCAAGCUGCUGAUGAAUCUGGUCGACACCGUCAGACAAAGGUCCGAUGCCGAAAACAGCACCCAGGGGAGAGAGCUACUGAUGCGCAUACUGCUAGUUUUCGUGUUGAAGUUUAAAACGAUCGCGAAGAUCUACAUACCGAUUCUGCGCAACAAGGCCAAACAACUGAUGCCACCCGGCUUGGACAUAAAAACGGAGGACGCUAAGGCCGUUAUUCCAGACCUGAACGACGACAAAGACGCUGGGAAGUCGAAAUUCGGGUUCCCUUCCUCUCAAGCGAUGAGCUACAACGUGGCCGAUUACAGGAACUUGGUGAAGAGUUUGGUUCACGGCGCAAAAGCUAUCACGUCGAACUGCAUCAACAGCAAGACCGGCGAGGCGACGCAAUCCAACCAGUUUCAGUCCAAGGAGACGUUGGUGUACAUCAAGCUGGUCAAAUGGGCGCUGCCGGCGUUGGAUAUAUACACAAUAGGUCCUCCUACCAUCGGCGCCGUCGCUCAACCUGGCCGACCGGCUCAGUCUCAGACGAUACGCACGCGAGAAGAAAAGGAAGUCCUCGAGCUAUUCGGAAACGUCUUCACCCAGAUGAAUCCGCAAACGUUCCAAGAAAUAUUCUCCACAUCUAUCGACUACAUGGUCGAGAGGAUCUUCAAGAACUGCGCGCUGCAGAUCAUCGGCAGCGCCUUUCUGUCGAGUCCCACGAUAUCGUCCACGUUCGCGACGAUACUGGUCGAAUAUCUGCUGGAAAGGAUGGGCGACAUGGGCUCCAACGUGGAAAGGAGUAAUUUGUACUUGAGGCUUUUCAAGCUCGUAUUCGGCAGCGUGUCCCUUUUCCCUGCGGAAAACGAACACAUGCUGAGGCCACACUUGAACCAGAUCGUCAAUCGAGCCAUAGAGCUGGCCAUGUCUGCGAAGGAACCGUACAAUUAUUUCCUACUGUUGCGUGCUUUGUUCAGAUCCAUCGGAGGCGGUUCCCACGACCUCCUGUAUCAGGAGUUCCUACCGCUGCUUCCAAACAUGUUGGAGGGACUGAACAGGCUACAAUCUGGCCUGCACAGACAGCACAUGAAGGAUCUUUUCGUCGAAUUGUGCUUGACAGUUCCUGUGAGACUCAGCUCUCUUCUGCCGUACCUUCCGAUGCUGAUGGACCCACUCGUUUCCGCUUUGAACGGAAGCUACUGCUUAGUCAGCCAGGGGUUGCGAACCCUCGAGCUCUGCGUGGAUAAUCUUCAACCUGAUUUCCUCUACGAGCACAUACAACCGGUUAGAGCAGACUUGAUGCAGGCGCUUUGGAGGACUCUGCACAAUCCCACCGAUCAGGCUCACGUGGCGUUUCGCGUGCUGGGCAAGUUCGGCGGCGGGAACAGGAAGAUGAUGAUCGAACCGCAGAAGUUGGAGUACAACGAUCGAGAGACUAACUCGCCAGCUAUCGUCGUUUACUUCCAGGAGCCUACCAAACCGAUCGAUUUCACGGUGGAAAAGGUUAUCGAGACCGCCUUCAAUGCGCUCAAAUCGAACAACACCGACUCGUUCUAUCGUAGACAAUGCUGGGAAGUAAUUAGUUGCUACCUGGCAGCCUCGCUCCGACUGGACGACAACAACGCCGUUCUGUACAAACUGUUCAUGCAUCCCAGCUUUAAAGAGGGUAAAAUUCCUCAUCAGCAGGGACCUCAUUACAAAUGCCCAGACACGGUCGCGAGGAACGUUCAACAGACAGCGUUGACUGGACUCUUCGUUGCAGCAGAGAUCAAAGAAUUGAGGCAUUCGGUGUUGGGUACCGUGGUGUCGAUCGUCAGGCAUUACACAAUGGUAGCGAUUGCUCAGCAAGCCGGUCCCUUCUGUCUGACCGGAAGACAAAUUCGCAUGCAGGGUCAGGACCCUCUCGUCUUGAUCGACGCUCUUGCCGUCAUCAUGGGCCACGAGGAGAAAGAGCUGUACAAAUCCGGUCACUUGGCUCUAGUUUUGAUCCUUGAAACCGCUACCAACAUUCUGGGCUCGAAGGAACGGGCCUGCCAGUUACCACUGAUGGAAUACUUGGCUGAAAAGAUGUGCUCCCUUUGCUACGAGCGUGCCUGGUACGCGAAAUUAGGUGGAUGCAUAGCCAUAAAGUUUCUUUUUGAGAGAAUGGCGACGAAAUGGGUGCUGAAUCACUUGUUUGUCUUCCUGAAGGCUCUGAUGUUCGUGAUGAUGGACCUGACCGAAGAAGUGUCCAACGGCGCCAUUGACAUGGCCAAGGCCAAUUUGGAGAAGAUGCUGAGAGUUUGCGUAAAUCCUGGUAUACAGGACGGAAACACGGAACUGAUCGAGGCGCAGAACAAGAGCUUGUACGAAGUCACCCACGAGUUGGUGCGACAGGUGACGUCGCCGCACACGUUGGUGCGAGAACAAGCUAUGGCGUCCUUACGACUGCUGGCUGAAAUACAAAACAAAACCGUGACGGAAGUGAUGGAGCCUCACAAGGAAGUCCUGGCAGAUAUGAUUCCACCUAAGAAGCAUUUGCUUCGUCAUCAACCCGCGAACGCUCAAAUCGGCUUGAUGGAUGGAAACACGUUCUGCACCACGUUGAAUCCCCGACUCUUCACCAUCGAUCUGACGGUUAUGGAGCACAAGGUAUUCUUCCAGGAACUGCUGGCUCUCAGUGAAGCAGAGGACGCGAACUUGAACAAACUGCCUUGCUACAAAUCCGUCUCGAACCUCAUUCCUCUGAGGAAGUCGGCGUUAAAGGCGCUCGCUGCCUGCCACUACAUCGUCGCUUGCCGCGAAAAGAUUUUCGGGGUUCUUUACAAAGCUUUGGAGAAACCGAAUGUGGAGCUGCAAGAAGCAGCCUUCGAGUGUAUGCAGAAAUUCAUCGCUGGUUUCCAGAUCGACAUGGAGUCCGUUCACGCUAUAAUGCGACCGAUGCUUUUGACUUUGGGCGAUCACAGGAAUCUGAGUCUCAAUUGCGUGAAACGACUAUCGUAUUUGACGCAGCUGUUUCCCAGCACCUUUAGCAUCACUCUUUGUGAGCAGCUGCUGCAACACUUGAAGAAGCUCUUGGAGAACUUGAUACAAGCGCACAAAGGUAUAUCUAAGUCGGGUGAGAACGAGCAGAAGAUAGCUACCAUCAUAGGGAUCUUUCAUGAGAUUCCUGCGGCCACCCCAAAGUUCAUCGACGUUCUGUGCAGGCUCGUGUUGCAAACGGAGAAAUCGUUGAUGGUGGAGGUGUCCAGCCCGUUUCGCAUUCCCCUGAUGAAGUUCCUUUUACGAUAUCCCACGGAGACCCUGAAUUUGUUCUUGCACGACAACAACAUCAAAGAUCAGCAAUGGAGCAGAUACUUGGAGUUUCUUGUUAAACAGAAAGAUGGCAAACCGUUCCGCGACGUGCUGCACAACAGCACGGCGAGACUGAUAACGAUGCUGCUCGCACAUUCCCAAACGAACUCGAACUUGACGCACAGCGAGAAGAGCGAGCUUCAACAUCAGGCUAUCAAGAUCAUCGCCAUAUUAAUUAAAUUCGACGAUCAAUGGUUGUCGACGCAAAGUCAGUUGGUGGGAGCGCUGAAACAAAUCUGGUGCAACGACGAGUACCAAGCGUUGCACAAAAAAGUCGAGAGCGUGGAUUACUGUCAUUGGAAGGAGCCCAAGCUAAUCGUGAAGAUUCUGUUGCACUACUUCCGCCACCAUCCGAACGACAUCGACCUGCUCUUCCAACUGCUGCGAGCAACUUGCGACAGGUUCAUUCCCGAUUUCCAGUUCUUACGGGACUUCUUGGAGCACACCGUAGCACAGGAGUACACGGUCGAGUGGAAACGUAGCGCCUUCUUCAGGUUCGUGGACCACUUCCCGACGAACAACCUCUCUCAAGAGCUGAAGGCCAACGUGUUGCAACUGAUCGUGAUCCCUUGCUUCGCUGUGAGCUUCGAGAGAGGCGAGGGCAUGAAACUGGUUGGAGGUGCGCCUAUGCCCUACCAAGAUAACCCAGAAAACGUCGUAUCGGUAUUCAUCAGCAAGAUCAUCGAUCCAGAUAAUCCAUUCGGUUCCGCCGACUGCGUUCGCAUCUCUUUGCUCCAGUUCUCGUGUCUAUUGGUGGAGCAAGCUUCUCAACACAUUCACGACGUCACCAACAAAAGACAAGGCAACAAGUUACGCAGACUGAUGACUUUUGCGUGGCCCUGUCUGUUGGGUAAAAAUUGCGUCGAUCCCACGACGAGAUAUCACGGUCAUCUGCUUCUCAGUCACAUAAUCGCCAAGUUCGCCAUUCACAAGAGAAUCGUUCUCCAAGUGUUCCACAGUUUAUUGAAAGCCCACGCACUGGACGCGAGAAACGUAGUUAGACAAGCGUUGGAAAUUCUUACACCUGCCAUGCCUGUGAGAAUGGAAGACGGUAACACGAUGCUGACCCAUUGGACGAAGAAGAUCAUCGUGGAGGAGGGACAUUCCAUGCAACAGUUGUUUCACAUUCUUCAAUUGGUGGUCAGACAUUAUAAAGUGUACUAUCCAGUGAGGCAUCAUUUGGUCCAGCAUAUAGUAAACUCGAUUCAAAGAUUAGGAUUCAGUCCUACGGCUACGAUCGAACACAGGAGAUUGGCCGUCGAGUUGGCGGAAGUAAUUAUAAAAUGGGAAUUGCAUAGAAUCAAGGACGAGGCCGAGAGUGCGGAUUCCGGUGGGAAUAGGUCGACGUUGGGAGGAUCUAUGAAGAGACCGAUAAACGACGAUCCCACGGGAACUAAACGUAUGACGACUCAAACGGCUACUGGCAGCGCCACGGUUCCCGUGAUUUUGCCCAGGAUAGAACCAGGAUCGACAAAACCCAUCGAGAGAGCGCACGCCGACGCGAUCUUAAACUUUUUGCUUCGUUUGGCCUGUCAGGUAAACGACGUAACGACGAUUCACGGGAAUCCAGGUGAACAACUGUCCAGGCGUUGCGUGGCUUUGUUAAAAAUGGCUCUGAAACCCGACGUUUGGCCGCAGUCGUGCGAUCUGAAGUUAGCUUGGCUGGACAAAGUGCUCGCCAGCGUGGACAGUACUCAACCUAAUUACGGUAACAUCUGCACAGCUUUGGAAGUUCUGACGUUCCUGUUGGGCGUGAUGAAAAGGGAACAAAUCCUGGCGAGCUUCAAGCCUCUGCAACGCGGCGUAGGCGCCUGCAUCGCGAGCAGCAACACAAAAGUGAUUCGAUUGGUUCACGGGCUGUUGUCGCGAUUGAUGACUAUCUUUCCAGCAGAACCGGCGCCUUCCAGCGCUGCUCCUAAAUACGAAGAAUUAGACACCCUGUAUACCACCGUUGGUAAAUUUGUAGUUGACGGUUUGGCAACGUACGAGAAGAAUACCGCAGCUACUCCCAGUACGUUGUUCGGCACGUUGAUGAUGCUGAAGGCUGCCUGCACGAACAAUCAAAGUUACAUUGAUCGACUGAUAACCCCUUUCAUGAGAGUUCUGCACAGGAUGGCCAAGGAUCACCUCCAUUCGACUCAGGCAGAGGCUAAUCCGGUUGGCAGCGAGUUAUUGAUCUUAAGUUUGGAUCUCGUGAAGAACCGCGUUGUGGUGAUGGGCGUGGAAAUGCGAAAAUCGUUUAUAGGCUCCAUUCUGGUUGGGUUGAUCGAGAAAACGCAGGACAUAAAAGUGAUGAAAGCGAUUACCAAGAUGCUCGAGGAAUGGAUGAAGAACAAGAACCCUAUCGCGAUGAAUCAGGCGCCCAGCUUGCGAGAAAAGUCGAUCCUUUUGGUAAAAAUGAUGCAGUACGUGGAGAAACGUUUUCCCGAUGAUUUAGAGUUGAACAGACAAUUCUUGGAGCUCGUUAAUUUCAUUUAUCGGGACGAAACUCUGAAAUCGUCCGAGUUAACGUCGAAAUUGGAGCCAGCAUUUUUGUCAGGCCUACGAUGCGUGCAGCCCCAGAUACGAGCGAAAUUCUUCGAGGUGUUCGACGGAUCCAUGAGAAGACGACUCCACGACAGACUUCUGUACAUUAUUUGCAGCCAGAGUUGGGACGCGAUUGGUCCCCAUUACUGGAUCAAGCAAUGCAUCGAGCUGCUUCUCGUCACAGCGAAUUCGUCCACUCAGAUUCAGAUGUCCAAUCAGGACACGUUGCUGCCCAGCGUAACGUCUGUGAUUAACAUGACGGAUAGCGAGGAGCACAAGAACUUCAUGAUAUACACAUCCAUCAAAGAAGAACCUCAAGACAUGUCGGACGCGGUCGACGUGAAAGACGAAAUCUUGGACAUGGACUUGUCCAACGUAGAUUCAACAGCCGUUCCAGAAGAGAUAACGAACGCUGGAAAGACAACGUUAACGCAGCUGAUCGCAAAGCAAGGAGAGUUCAUAGACUACGCCAAGAAGAUAAGGACGGAGCAGUUGCUGUUGGCUGCGGCUCAACUUUGUCACAUGGACACGAACUUGGCGGAACGCGUCUGGUUGGACACUUUCCCAAGGAUAUGGGGCAUCCUGGAUGAGCAUCAACAUAACACUCUAAUCGCAGAAGUGGUGCCGUUUAUUUGCAGUGGGACGCACGUUAUUCAAAAAGAUUGUCAUCCAAGCGCGAUCGCUACGUUCGUCGAAGCGAUAGCGCACUGCAAUCCUCCUGUGCCCAUGCGACCAGCUUUGAUGAAGUACCUAGGCAGAUCGCACAACCUCUGGCACAGGAUGACGCUGAGUCUCGAACAGAUGGCGUUCGACAAUGGGAACAACCAAUUCAAGAUCAAGAGGGAGUCGGACUGCUACGACUUUGAGCCUGACAACAGUCCACACGCUGAAAUUUUGGACUCGUUAUCGGAUAUGUACUCGCUAUUGUGCGAGGAGGACAUGUGGUCUGGUCUCUGGCAGAAGCACGCGCAUUACAAGGAAACGCUUCAGGCGACCGCCCUUGAACAACAGGGAUUUUUUGAACAAGCUCAAGGGGCAUACGACGUGGCAAUGACGAAAUUCAAGCAGGAUUAUGUUUCGACACCGGCUCCGUUCAAGAUACAACGCGAGGCGAUGCUCUGGGAACAGCACUGGAUAAGAUGCGCGAAGGAAUUGAAUCAAUGGGACUUGUUAUUAGAUUAUGGCAGCAAGAAGGCGGAGAAGAAUCCAUUUUUAAUUCUGGAGAGUUCUUGGCGCAUUCCUAAUUGGGCGAUGAUGAAGGAAGCUCUCGCCCAGGUGGAGCACAAUUGCCCGAAGGAAAUGGCUUGGAAGGUAAACUUAUAUCGCGGUUUCCUAGCGAUAUGCAACAGCGAAGAUCAACACCUGAACGCGGUAGAACGAUACGUAGAACUGGCGUCUGGUCUGUGCAUGCGUGAAUGGCGUAGGUUGCCGCACAUCGUGAGCCACGUGCACUUGCCGCUGCUUCAAGCUGCUCAACAGAUAAUGGAGCUGCAAGAAGCGAUGCAAAUUCAUCAGGGAUUGUUACACGGAAGAAGCACAUCGUUGCACGAUAUGAAAGCAAUCGUGAAAACCUGGAGGAAUCGGCUGCCCGUGAUAGCCGACGACCUAAGUCACUGGUCAGACAUUUUUACCUGGCGGCAGCAUCAUUACACGUUUAUCUCGAGUCAUUACGAUUCGCAACAGGAUCAGACGACCAACCACUCGAUGCUCGGCGUACACGCGUCUGUUCAGGCGAUCAUUCACUUUGGUAAAAUAGCCAGAAAGCACAAUCUUUGCGGCGUAUGCUUAGAUUCCUUGUCGCGGAUUUACACGAUACCUAGCGUUCCUAUUGUCGACUGCUUUCAAAAGAUCAGGCAGCAAGUGAAAUGUUACCUCCAGAUGGCUUCGGUUAGCGGAAAAAACGAAUUACAGGAAGGUUUGGAAGUGAUCGAGUCGACGAAUCUUCGAUACUUCACAAAGGAGAUGACUGCCGAGUUCUAUGCAUUGAAAGGGAUGUUGUUGUCGCAAAUCGGUCGAUCUGACGACGCGAAUAAAGCCUUCUCCGCCGCGGUUCAGUUGCACGAUACUUUGGUGAAAGCCUGGGCCUUGUGGGGCGAUUACUUGGAGCACAUAUUCACGCGCGACGGCCGUCAGAUAUCCAUUGGAAUUUCGGCAAUCACCUGCUUCCUUCACGCCUGUAGACACCAAAACGAGUCCAAGUCGAGAAAGUACUUAGCAAAGGUGUUGUGGCUGCUCACGUACGACGACGACAAGUCCUCUCUCAUGGAGGCUGUAGACAAAUACGCGGUAGGAGUUCCUCCGAUUCAAUGGCUACCCUGGAUACCUCAGCUAUUGAUGUGCUUGGUUCGGCACGAGGGCAACGUUAUCUUGAAUUUGCUAAGCCAAGUUGGAAGAGUGUUUCCGCAAGCUGUUUACUUCUCUAUUAGAACUCUAUACCUCACAUUGAAGAUUGAACAACGCGAAAGGUACAAGAGUGCAGAAUUGGCCGCUGGGAAGAACCAAGAAGGUGUCGAAGGACGUGGAACCGCUGGAAAUAUACAGCAACAAGGAGUCCCUGAAACCGGGCCAAUUCGAGCCACUCCGCCAAUGUGGAGGUGCUCGAAGAUCAUGCACAUGCAAAGGGACAUUCAUCCUACAAUUUUGUCUAGUUUGGAGGGUAUCGUGGAUCAGAUGGUAUGGUUCCGUGAAACAUGGUACGAGGAAGUUCUAAGGCAGCUCCGGCAAGGUUUAGCCAAAUGCUACGCGAUUGCAUUCGAGAACCGCGGUGCUGUGAGCGAGGCUACCAUAACUCCUCACACGUUGAACUUCGUAAAGAAGCUGGUCUCGACUUUCGGGAUAGGAAUUGAAAACAUAUCCUCAUCUCAAAACGUGAACAACACAUUUGGCUCAGCGGCUUCAGAAUCCUUGGCGCGCAGGGCACAAGCUACCGUCCAGGAUCCCGUUUUCCAGAAGAUGAAAGGUCAAUUCACUAGCGACUUCGAUUUUACCGUUCCUGGGGCGAGGUUACUUCACAAUCUAAUCAGCAAGCUUAAGAAGUGGAUUAAAAUUCUCGAGGGAAAGACGAAACAAUUACCUAAAUCAUUUCUAAUCGAAGAAAAGUGCCGAUUUCUCAGCAACUUCAGUCUGAAAACCGCCGAGGUCGAGCUUCCUGGUGAAUUUUUAUUGCCCAAGCACUCUCACUACUACGUAAGGAUAGCCAGGUUCAUGCCAAGGGUUGAAGUUGUCCAACGGCACAACACUGCAGCCAGGAGGUUGCGUAUUCGUGGACACAACGGUCGUUUGUAUCCCUACUUGGUGGUCAACGACGCAGGACUUGGGGACGCAAGACGCGAAGAACGUGUUCUCCAAUUGUUGCGAAUGUUGAACCACUACCUGGCUAAGCAGAAAGAAACUUCUAGGAGGUUCUUACACUUCACCGUGCCUCGCGUUGUCGCGGUUUCGCCGCAAAUGCGGCUCGUCGAAGACAACCCAGCAUCGGUUUCUUUAUUAGACAUUUACAAACAAGGCUGUGCGAAAUUAGGAAUAGAACACGACGCGCCCAUAGCUAGGUAUUACGAUAGAUUAGCUACGGUGCAAGCUAGGGGGGCGCAAGCGAGUCAUCAAGUUUUAAGGGACAUCCUAAAAGAAGUGCAAACAACGAUGGUGGCCAGGACUAUGCUCAAAGACUGGGCGGUAAAAACUUUUCCGGGUGCAACGGAUUAUUGGACAUUCAGAAAAAUGUUUACUUUACAAUUGUCCUUGGCUUGUUUCGCGGAAUACGUGCUUCACCUGACGAGAUUAAACCCAGACAUGAUGUACGUGCAUCAGGACUCGGGGCUCAUCAACAUCGCUUACUUCAAGUUCGACGUUGAUGACACGUCGGGUGAACUGGAUGCCAACAGGCCUGUUCCAUUCCGCUUGACACCAAAUAUCCUCGAGUUCCUCACAAGUACAGGUGUUUCCGGGCCGUUAACUGCUAGCGCCAUUGCUACCGCGCGUUGCUUAGUGCAACCAUCAUUCAAAGUGCACACGAUACUACGUGCCAUUUUGCGUGACGAAGUAAUCGCAGAUCAUAACAAGAAACAAGAGGACGCAGAGAAUGCAUCUCAAGUUCCGACCGACAUGAAAGGCGAACUUUUAAUAGCGAUGGUCAGCCGUGCAGUUUCAGCAAUCGUUGGGAGGCUCAACUCUUUGGCCAACUUUGAUGGAACUGACAGCAAGGUCAGCACAUUGGUUGCUGCAGCCAAUAGUCACGACAACCUGUGCAGAAUGGAUCCGUCUUGGCAUCCGUGGUUGUAAACACAUACUUUGACGGGCUUAAUCGUGCUUCCAAUAUAAACAAAUACAGAGAACACUGGUGGACAUAGAUGUUUCUCUCAGUUUCUGUGCAAAAUCUGUAUUAUUUGUAUUAAUUUGGAUUUUAUGCGAGAAACAUCGAUGUCCAUGAAUACUCUCUGUCCUUUGGAUCUUUUGAUUUAUACGGUUUCUUUUAAAAUACUAUUGCUUUUCUGUCAUUUCAGUCGCAAGAAAUACUAUUUUUCAUGUAAAUACUACGUAGAGAUGUAAGAAAUUACUUACAAGACACGUUUUUAGUUGUGGCGGACAGAAUCAUUUGAUUUUACGUUUCUAGAAUCGACUUACUUCAAUCAUUUAUCCGCGUACAACUUGUUUAUAUAAUGUAAAAAUUCUCAUUUUCGAGAAUACUCCAUGUAUCAUUUAUUGUACAUAAUUUUAAAUGUAAGAGUUAUUUAUAGAUCUGUUU